AUGCCAGGAAUGAUGAAGUAUCAAGACGUCUCUUUCGCAAGUCUAUCACUGGCCGAAAAAGUUCCGAACGACAAAGAACGAAAGAAAGAGAAAAGAGAUUUCAAGACAGGUUCUGCAUCUUUUAUACUCAUGAUUGCUCUUGGUGAUGUGGACAUCAACACACGGGAUCCCACACAUUGGUCUUGCCAAUGCUCGAUGGCUACGCUAGAAUUCUCGGAUCGCGAAUUCGCUUCGGUCACGUUGUGCCAUUUGAAUGCGUGGAAGAGGGACGAGAGUGCUCUGGCGAACCCCAAAAUGAAAGCUUUGCGGGAUCGCAACUCGACGGAGCUUCUUCACAAAGUGCUCACCAGAAUACACGCUGAUCAUGGUUCACGACAUGCGUACACCUAUGAGGACCUCGUCAUUAGUUGCACCUACAACGCCAAGUCCUGCAACACAACAGACUUUCGCGAGUUCUACGACCCAUCUCAUGGUAUUUGUCAAACGUUCAACUUCGACGGCAACAAGACUUCGUCAAGAGCAGGACCCCUGUACGGUCUGCGAAUGGUGAUCCGAACUGAUCAGGCGAAAUACCUGCCGACGAAGUACCGUUCCCGGAUGUGUUUCGGUUACUUUCGCCUGCUCCGAACUGCCACGUCACUAGGUGUUCGAUUCAUCAGUACUACCAGACUUCCAGAACCGCACGGCACCUGCACCAGGCAGAAAACAGUGAAUGGCAAGCACUACAGCGGAAAUUACGAUGUGGAGUCGUGCUUCCGCAAUUGUCUACAGGAGCGAAUCGUGGCCGACUGCGAAUGUUACGAUCCGGCUUAUCAGCACGCAGAUGACGGCGGAGCUACUCCGAGCUGUGCUGAUGGAAAUCAAACUAAAAAC